AUGACAGGAGGCCCUGUGUCACUCAGAUGCCCUGGCUUCGAGCCUUCUCUGGGCCUGUUCCUCCAUCCCAGGGCCGAGGCCAGUGGGGUCCUCAGGACUGGGCGAUGGGGCUCUGAGGGCAAGGGAACAGGCCAGCCUCAAAUCAGACCUGAUUCGUGCCCAAAACGAAGGCCUCCGCGUCCCGUCCGUUCCCACAGAAAGAAAACUAAACUGCUCUCCCGGCUGCUCAGAAAGAAGAACAGUGACAACGCCCCUGCAAAAGGGAACAAGAGCCCUUCGCCUCCGCCAGAUGGCUCCCCUGCCGCCACCCCAGAGAUCAGAGUCAACCACGAGCCUGAGCCGCCUAGCUCGGCCACAGCCGGGGCCUCCCUCCCCAAGUCCCCAUCUCAGCUCCGGAAAGGGCCACCAGUCCCUCCGCCUCCCAAACACACCCCGUCCAAGGAGGUCAAGCAAGAGCAGAUCCUCAGCCUGUUUGAUGACACGUUUGUCCCUGAGAUCAGCGUGACCACCCCCUCCCAGUUUGAGGCCCCGGGGCCUUUCUCGGAGCAGGCCAGUCUGCUGGACCUGGACUUUGACCCCCUCCCGCCUGUGGCGAGCCCUGUGAAGGCGCCCACGCCCUCUGGUCAGUCAAUUCCGUGGGACCUCUGGGAGCCCACAGAGAGUCCAGCUGGCAGCCUGCCUUCCAGGGAGCCCAGCGCUGCCGAGGGCACCUUUGCUGUGGCCUGGCCCAGCCAGACGGCCGAGCCGGGGCCUGCCCAACCAGCGGAGGCCUCGGAGGUGGCGGGUGGGACCCACCCUGCGGCUGGAGCCCAAGAGCCCGGGGAGACAGCAGCAAGUGAAGCGGCGUCCAGCUCUCUCCCUGCGGUGGUGGUAGAGACCUUCUCAGCAACUGUGAACGGCACCGUGGAGGGUGGCAGCGGGGCGGGACGCUUGGACCUGCCCCCGGGGUUCAUGUUCAAGGUACAGGCCCAGCACGACUACGUGGCCACUGACACGGACGAGCUGCAACUGAAGGCUGGUGACGUGGUGCUGGUGAUCCCCUUCCAGAACCCGGAGGAGCAGGAUGAAGGCUGGCUCAUGGGCGUGAAGGAGAGUGACUGGAACCAGCACAAGGAGCUGGAGAAAUGCCGGGGCGUCUUCCCCGAGAACUUCACCGAGCGGGUUCAGUGAGCGGCUGGUGUGGCUCUCUGGGCGUGUGAAGAACACCUUUUCCCGAAAAAUGUGUGUUUUUUUUUUUUUUUUUUGAUUUUGUUUUUAAACUUCUGAAAAGCAAAGGGAAAUUGAGAGGAGAGACCUAAGCCAAGAGGUAUUCUCCCAAAGAUUAGGUUGUUUUCCAAAGAGCCUGUUUUCGGCAAGUCCAGUGGAAUCACCAGUGUUCCUGAAGCUGCUGUGUCCCCUAGUUAGUUCCCGGCCGCCCCCCCAACUGCGCCUGCAUGUGUGCCUGGCCGCAGGGCGGGGCCUGGGGCUGCGGAGCCACCACGCUUGCCUGAAGCUUCGGCCGAGCAGCCUGGGGAAGGGUCCUCUUUUUUCUGGCAGCUGCUGUGGGUGGGGUUGGGUCUCUCCAGAGACCUCAGGGCCCAGACAUCAGCCCGGCCUGACCCUGCCCCGCAGACCGUCUGUGUGCUGUUUGAAAAUAAAUCUUAGUGUUCCAAACAAAAUGAAACAAACUGACAAA